AUGCGAUGGUAUAAAGAUGGAAAAAUUGACGAGGAAGGUAAAAUGAUCCAUCCUUCAGAUUCUGAAGCUUGGAAGGACUUAGAUAAGCAAUAUCCCUGGUUUGCUCAAGAUCCCCGAAAUGUGCGCCUUGGUCUAGCUACUGACGGAUUUAAUCCUUUUGGUAAUAUGAAUAACUCUUAUAGUAUAUGGCCGAUGAUUUUGGUUCCAUACAACCUACCACCUUGGCUAUGCAUGAAAGAACCAUACUUUAUCAUGUCUCUGUUGAUUCCGGGUCCUAAGUCACCUGGAAGAGAUAUUGAUGUAUAUUUGCGACCAUUGAUAGAUGACCUGAAGGAAUUGUGGGAAUCUGGAGUAAGAACAAGAGAUGCUAAAACUGGAGAGUUAUUUGUUCUGCAUGCUGCGAUUUUAUGGACAAUAAACGAUUUCCCUGCAUAUGGUGAUAUUUAUGGACAUCGAACAAAGGGUUAUUGUGCUUGUCCAAGAUGUAGUGCCGACACUCCUUCAGAAAUGCUAAGAAGCAAGAUUGGUUAUAUCGACCACAUACGUUAUUUGCCACAUAAUAAUCCAUAUCGAAGAAGUCUUAAAUUUAAUGAUGUUGAUGGUAAAACAAAAGAUACUGAGAAGGCUCGUUUAGAUUUGGAGGACAUGGGUGUAAGAAGUGAGUUACAUUUAAAUCCAGUAGAAGGUGUAAAAUUUCCGGAUGGGUACGCCUCGAAUAUCUCCAGAUGUGUGAAUAUCAAAGAUGGAUUGCGUGGUUACGUACAAAAAGAUGUUCUUAAUGCUAUUACCGAGUUGACAAGUUUCUUCAGACAAUUAUGUUCUAGAAAAUUAAGCUCUGAUGUCCUUGACAAUUUGGAAAAAAUAAUUCCUAUAAUAUUAAGCAAGUUAGAAAUGAUAUUUCCACCUGCUUUCUUUGACGUGAUGGUCCAUCUAGCAAUUCAUUUGACACAAGAAGGAAAGAUUGGUGGACCUGUUCACUAUAGAUGGAUGUACCCUAUUGAAAUGUAUCUUGGUAGCUUAAAAGGAAUGGUUCGAAAUAGAGCUCGUCCUGAAGGCUCAAUUGCGGAGGCUUAUAUCGUGAAAGAGUGUUUGAGUUUUUGUUCAUUGUAUCUCCAUGACAUUGAGACUAAAUACAAUAGAGAUCAAAGAAAUUAUGAUGGGGAGGAACAUCCAAAUGCAACAUUAUCUGUUUUUCGAAGUAAAAUUCGAACUUUUGGAGAAGCAGAGUUUGUACAGUUGACCCCUCAACAAUAUAGUUCCUUGCAUUGGUUUGUCUUGAAUGACUGCGUGGAGUUAGAUUCAUAUGUGAGAGAGCAUAAAGAAGAACUAAAGCAACAACAUCCAAUUGGUUGGGAGACUAGACAAAAGAAAGAGUUUGCUACAUGGUUUGAUAAUCGAAUUAAAAAGUUGAGGAGCAUUAAAUCCCCUGAAGCUACAGAUGAACUUAUUGCACUUGCCUGUGGGCCUGAUUAUCGUAUUAAUAAGUGUAGUGGGUGCAUAGUGGAAGGUGUCAACUCCACUGGGAUCGAAAUUCUUGAAAAAAUAAUCCAUCCACGUGUUCAUGAUGAUAAAGAUGAAGAAGACGAUGAUGAUGGAGAAGACGAGACUCAAGCCGAAUAUUGGAGCAGCGACGAUGAAGUUGCAUCUCACGCUAUCAUAGAUAGCGACUUGGAAUAG